UUCUCCUCUGAGUGAAUGAAGCUGUCCGUCAGAAGGAACCGUACACAUCACACACAUCUCCUGUCCGUCUCCAAACAACUCGAACCAUUGAUCUCAUCCUCUGAAACACACAUUUGAUUCCUGACUGCUGCAAUCACAAAACAGCUAAACACUGCACAGAUGGAGGACCCCUACAGAGACAAGACGUCUCUGGUCAAAGGCGCUCGUGACAUCGCCAAGGAGGCGAAGCGCCACGCCGUCAAGAAGGUCAACAAAGUGGUGGACCGCGCUUCGAACGAAUACUCCAGCCGCAACUACAGCCGCUUCGAAAACGACGCAGACGAGGGUGCUGACGAAGACCGUUACCAUUAUCAGGACGGCCAGGCUCAGCGGGAGGAUGACGAGGGAUCCAGCGACGCCACCGAGGGCCACGACGACGAGGACGAGAUCUACGAAGGCGAGUAUCAGGGCGUGCCUGCAGGGGGCGGGGCUACAGAUGGGCGUGGCCUGCCUCUGGCAGAUGGGAUGAAGGACAAGCGAGAGCUGGACAAGGAGAGAGAGGCGGAUGAGGAGGAGCUGGCGCAGCAGUACGAGCUCAUCAUCCAGGAGUGCGGACACGGACGCUUCCAGUGGCAGCUGUUCUUGGUGCUCGGCCUGGCGCUCAUGUCUGACGGGGUGGAGGUGUUUGUGGUGGGCUUCGUGCUGCCCAGCGCUGAGACCGACAUGUGUGUGCCCAACUCUGGAGCCGGGUGGCUGGGCAGUGUGGUGUAUCUGGGAAUGAUGGUGGGAGCGUUCUUCUGGGGCGGUCUGUCAGAUAAGGUGGGUCGACGUCAGUGUCUGCUGGUGUGUAUGUCAGUCAACGGCUUCUUCGCCUUCCUGUCGUCCUUCGUUCAGGGCUACAGCACCUUCCUCUUCUGCAGGAUGCUCUCUGGCUUCGGGAUUGGCGGUGCGGUUCCCAUCGUGUUCUCGUACUUUGCAGAGUUUCUGGCCCGUGAGAAGCGCGGUGAACACCUGAGCUGGCUCUGCAUGUUCUGGAUGGUGGGCGGGAUCUACGCCUCAGCCAUGGCCUGGGCCAUCAUCCCACACUACGGCUGGAGUUUCAGCAUGGGUUCAGCGUAUCAGUUCCACAGCUGGCGUGUGUUUGUGGUCGUCUGCGCUCUGCCCUGCGUCUCUGCGGUUGUGGCGCUCACAUUCAUGCCAGAGAGUCCACGCUUCUACCUGGAGAUAGGAAAGCAUGACGAAGCGUGGAUGGUUCUCAAACAGAUUCAUGACACAAACAUGCGUGCACGCGGCGAGCCAGAGAAAGUCUUUACUGUGAACCGUAUAAAGAUCCCCAGGCAGCUGGACGAGCUGGUGGAGAUGCAGUCUGAGUCGGCUAACCCCGUGGCCAAAGUCUUCUUCAGGAUCAAGAGCGAACUGCGUGGAAUCUGGCUGACGUUCCUGAAGUGCUGGGAUUACCCCGUCAAGGACAACACUAUAAAGUUGGCCGUUGUUUGGUUCUCUCUGUCGUUCGGGUACUACGGUCUGUCUGUCUGGUUCCCUGACGUCAUUAAGCACCUGCAGGCGGACGAGUACGCGUCCCACGUGAAGAUCCACAACAACGAGACAAUCGAAGAUUUCACCUUUAAUUUCACCCUGGAGAACCAGAUCCAUAAAAACGGAGUGUUUAUUAACGACAGGUUCAUUGGCAUGAAGUUUAAGUCUGUGACUUUCAUCGACUCCACCUUUCAGAGCUGUUACUUUGAGGACGUCAGCUCCAUCGGUUCUAUCUUCAAGAACUGCACCAUCAUAGAAGCGUUCUUCUAUAAUACAGAUAUUGAUGACUCGAAAUUCAUCAGUUCCUCUUUGAUCAACUCCACGUUUGCGCACAACAAGACCGGCUGUCAGAUGACGUUUGAUGAUGACUACAGCGCGUACUGGGUGUAUUUCAUCAACUUCCUCGGAACACUAGCCGUGUUGCCAGGCAACAUAGUCUCCGCCCUCCUCAUGGAUAAAGUGGGCCGUUUGAGCAUGUUAGGCGGCUCGAUGGUGUUGUCCGGCAUCAGCUGUUUCUUUCUGUGGUUCGGCACUAGUGAGUCCAUGAUGAUAGCAAUGCUCUGCCUUUAUAACGGACUCAGUAUAUCGGCCUGGAACUCACUGGACGUGGUGACGGCCGAACUGUAUCCCACCGACAGGAGAGGAACUGGCUUUGGCUUUUGUAAUGCCAUGUGUAAGCUGGCCGCAGUCUUGGGGAACCUAAUAUUUGGGUCAUUGGUGGGAAUCACAAAAUCCAUCCCGAUCCUGCUGGCGUCGUCUGUGCUGGUCACCGGAGGCCUGGUGAGUCUGCGGCUCCCCGACACCCGCUCCAACGUCCUGAUGUGACCCCACCACACCUGUGACCUCUAACCCUGAGUCGCCACGGAAACACGCAGGACACACUCAGGGUGCAGGUGGAGGCGACUACGACAUGUUUGCUUUAUUUAAUCAUUUAAAGUGUGUUAUUUAUUCAUUUUUUAAUGAGGUUUGUUAUCUUUUGACUUGCCCAGUUUAGAUUAAAACUAGAUUUUGAUGCCUUUACUGUACAUCAAAUGUUAUGACGUUAUGAAAUGUGAAAAACAAAUAUAAUUUUUGGACUGUGAGUUUUUGACCUAAUCUGGGUGGGCACAAUUAUUAUUUAAAAUUAUUUAUUUAUUUAUUGAGAAAAUUCAGCUAUUUAUUUACAUUUUUUACAUUUUAAAUAUUAUCUGUAUAUUUUCAGCUGAACACAAAAAAAAAUUUAAAUUCAGGUGGUUUUAAUGUUUUUUGUUUUAUUAUUAUUAUCUUCAAAUUAAAAUUCUUUCAUUUUCUUGAAAAGAUACUUUUAAACUCAAACGAGAGUAAAAAGGCCAUUUAGAGAUGUACACAUUAGCGAUAACAGCUUUUAUUGUUAGCGUAGCUCCGAUUCUCCGGUGGCUUCCACCGAAACAAGGCGAUAAUGCUUAUCCAGUUUACAUUUUAUGCUUUUUCUAAUGAUUUUGCUAGCAGAAGAACACUGACCCGCUUCGACUUCAUUCUUGCCUUUGCGAACUUUGUCAUUGAUGUAGCCGAAACGGACAUUAUUUGGUGUUUGUCUCUCUCGGUUUAAGGGUUAAAGAUAACCCUAUUUCUAGCUGCUAUGCGUCCAUGUGCAAACUCUUCCGGGGAAAACUGAAUGGCCUUUGCUUCCUCUCUGUGCCUCCUCCCUCCAAACCCCUGCCGUCAGCUUCUCAUAGGUUGUAGUGAUCCAUCGUGCAGCAGAACUGAGCACGUGUCCGAUUUCUUUAGGAACGCUCUACUGCUCUAGUAGGUGGAAAUAUGUAAUGUUUCAUCACAUUCCACUGGAAGAUCGUACGUGCAAUUGUGCAAUAUGACAGGACGUGAUACUGUGGAAGCUUGUUUCCGAACAAAACAUAAAAAAAGUAAUUCAGACUUUUUAUCUGACAAUUCUGACUGCAAAUGUGAGUUAUAAAAUCAGAACUGCGAGAAAAAAGUCUAAAUUGCACGUUUACUUUACAACUUGAAAUUUCAAGAAAUAAAUUCAAAAUUGAGAGAAUUUUGAAUUAUUUCCAAAAUUGCAAGUUUUUCUCGCAAUUCUGACUUUUUCUUAUAAUUGUUAGUUUAUAUCCCCUAAUUCUGACUUUAUAAGUUGCAGUCGUGAGUUUCUAUCACAAUUAGGAGAGAAAAUUUCACAAUUGC